UUCAAUUCCUUCACUGUUUUCUUCUGAAUGAACAAACCCAUUGGUUUGGUUGAACACUUAACUGAAGACUUCGUCAUCCUAGGACUUCCGAACAACACAGCCGCAAGCCACGCGCGAUGGGUGGUGAAGCUCCGGUUACAGUCUUUGCCGACACUAACUUAGGCACUCGCAUCGCCUUCAAUGCCUCUCCUAACAUUACAUCUGCAUCUCUCAAAAGAGACUUUGAGAAAGCACACCUCAGUUGUUUACCAGAUAUUGGAGAGAUUCAAGUCAAUGGAUUAAUGGUGAAGCGAAAAUCAUUCUUCUACUACCUCCCUGAUUCCUUUCCUAUAAAGUUUGCUUUCCCUGCGAUGCUAGGAACAUGGUUUCUUCAUGUGGAAGUUAAGCACUUAAAAUGCUUGUGUACUCCUUGUUCACCCUGUGAUGAAGAUGUUCUACAAAAACAUAAGGACUUAAUGGUCUGCAAAGGUGACAAGACAAGAUGUAACAGUGAGGAAAAGAAAAUAAAAGGGUUCCAACCCGGAGCAUGUUUGGUGGAAGAACAUGAAAUCACUAAUCUUGUUUCAAAGAAGCUGGAGGAAAAUGAAAUCUCUCAUGAAAAUCAAGCUCAAAAUGCAGCCACUGGAAUGUCAGAAAGACAUCCCUGCAUAUUUGGAGACAAACCUACUGGUAUGGCUAAGAGUUCAAACGUAAUGCCAGAGAAUAAAUUUGAAAAUCUGGUUGAGUUGCAUCCUAACUCGAUGCAAAGCAGCCACAGUAACAUGUCAACACAAUUGAUAUCAGUCACAGGUAUAAUCAAUAAAUAUUUUACAAGUUUCAAUGGCAUUGACAAUUUUAGCAGCUCUUCAAACUCAGAUCUUACCUCUAGAGCUGUGCAUAGUGAGAUUGAAGUUCAUUCAAACGCCAGAGAACGUGGUUGCUUGAAAAUACAAAGAGAUUCCCUGCCUCAUUUCACUCCCAAAACAUCUCCACAUGUCUUGCAUACUCCAUUGGUUUCCAAAAAAUCAAGAAGCAAAAACAGAAAAUUGAAACCUGGUAAACGUCCUUUAUCAGGGAGCAAAACUAGAAAAUCAAGAAUCGGAACUCGUCUUCUUUCAGCUUCACGGAAUCUUGGGGUUUCUAUCACCAAGCAUGAUCCUACUAUUCCAUUCCGAAUAUUGAAAGAUAGCAAACUACUACAGGGAAAAUCUCAAAUGAAGGGUUCGAUAUUUUCUAUCUCUGGCAGUGAUGACGAUUGAGUUGUAGACCUUAACAUAUCUUUAAAUAUGUAGAAUGGUUUUGAAUAUCAUACUUCUGAUUUAGCAGUAUGAUGAGUGAAAUUAUAGGCAAAAUGUUGUAAGUGAAACUUGUUGAUCGCAAAAAGAGCAAACAGAUGUUGUAACUAGCAGUUUUGAUACUAUACAGAGUUCUGAAACAGCUUAGAUGAAUUCA